GAGAUUCUUCACGUCUGCAUUAGCUGCGGGGAGAAUUAGGGAUCUUAACAACGCUUCGGGACUUUAAACAUUGGUCCUGGACUGCGGCAGUGUUUUGGAAAACGGGAGAGUGGGGCCGCUUGCAGACUGAAGACAUCGCUUUAUCCCUAUAGAUCUGCGUUACUCUGCUUCAGUUUUCCUUUUUCAGAUUUUCUUGAGCUGAAAUGGAAGAUCUGGAAGAAGAAAAUUUUUCUCUAUCUGUUUCUUCCCCUAAAGAUGCUGAAUUUGACAACGUGGUGGGGCAUCUGGAAGAUAUCAUAAUGGAUGAUGAAUUCCAGUUACUCCAGCAUGGUUUUAUGGACAAGCAUUAUCAUGAAUUUGAAGACACAGAAGAAAACAAAUUAACAUACACUACAAUUUUUAAUGAAUAUAUUGGCUUAGUGGAGAAGUAUAUCGAAGAGCAGCUGCUUCAGCGUAUCCCAGCAUUUGACAUGUCUGCAUUCACCUCCUCAUUGCAAUGCCAUCGGGAGGAAAUAGCUGGUGAUAUUUUUGAUAUACUUCUAACAUUUACAGACUUUUUGGCAUUUAAAGAGAUGUUUCUUGACUACAAAGCUGAAAAAGAAGGAAGGACUGUUGACCUGAGCUGCGGCUUAGUGGUAACAUCUUUAAUGAGCUCUUCGAUCUCUUCAUCCUAGAACAUCGGCUGUUAUUCUUUUAUUGUAUUAUCUACAUUUUGUACCUAUUUUUCUAUGUAAAUAGACCAAGUGUAUUCGUGCAAACAUUUCCAAAUUUGUUUGGAUUUUAGUAUUCCAAAACAACCAGAGGAAUUGUAGCCUAAUCUGCUGUUUGACCUAUAACAGGCAUGCUUGGUUGGCUGCACUUCUCUCUCUGAAUCAAAUAAUUUGGUUGGUGACUAAGGCGAUCAUUCAGGCAUCAUCAAAUUAAUCCAUUUUUGUAGAAGGUUAUGGCUUGUUUGCCUUUAUAUUCUAUUGUUUUUUGGUUAGAAGUGAUCUUACUAAAAUCACUCACUGUUGCGUUCUAGCUCAGUAUACCUGUCUUAUUAUAUUUAUUAUUUGCAUCAAAAUUCUUGCGCAUGUAGAAUUUAAUUCGAGUUGAACCUAAUAUUGCAAAUUCUACUACAUGUAAAUUCUGUUCUCAAAUGUCUACAAUAAAUGGAAUGUUUAAGAUU